AUGUAUGGUACGCAACGUGUCGCACCCAACCGACGAGUGCGGGGGAACAGCGGAAGCAGCCGGAUCCGUAUCGACCUCGAGCGGUUGAGGAAGGACAAACACCUACGGGGCGCCUUCCAAAACAGGGCCCCCAGCCGCCCUCCGCUCACGGCGCUCAGGCGGCCAACGGGAGAGACCGCCGCCGAGCUGACGGCCACGGUGAUGUCGGCCGCUGCUGAGACCGCGCCGCUGGCGAGGUGCGCACGAGGGCAGAGAGGCUGGUACACGAGCGAAGCGCAGCACGAGAUCUCCGAAGCGUCGAAGGAGAUUAAGGCGGCCCAGCAGCAACUGCGUGGGGCCUCAAAGAACAGCGCGUUCGAGGCGACCCUGAAGGCGAUGCUCAAGGCGGCGCGGAAGAAGUGCAGCACCGCGAGGUGGAGAGCACUGGAAACGUUCUUCGAGGGCUAUGUACGGCAGCUCGAGAAGAAGAGCCGCGAGGGGGAUCAGGCGGGUUUCUACAGGCACCUGAAGAUGAUCGACGUCGAAGGUAACAGGUCGUUCACCUCUCAGGACAUCCAGGACGAGGACGGCAAGGUCCUUCGGGACCCCACGUUUAUUCGCCAACGGUGGGCACGGUGGUUCCACAAGCUUCUCAACACCAAGUCGCCGACCAUCGACCUGCAUACGGCUGACAAGGUCAAGCGGUGGCCCACGUGCGUGCCACUCGACGACAUCCCAUCUCUACUUGAGGUUGAGGAAGCGGUACGGGAAAUGGCCAACAGAAAGGCCGUCGGGCCGGACGACCUACCGGCUGAGCUGAUUAAGCUUUUCCUGGACGGAGAUCAAGGUCUCCUCCGCGAAUUCCACGCCAUUGUCGUGGACGUGUGGCAGACUGGGGACGUACCACAGCAGUGGAACGAUGCCACCAUCAAAGUGCUUUUCAAGAAGGGGGACACGAUGGAGUGCGGUAACUACCGGGGCAUCUCUCUCGUCGCACACGCCGGCAAGGUGCUGCUUAAGGUCGUCGCUACACGACUGAGCCACUACUGCGAGCGAGAGGGCAUCCUCCCGGAGGAACAGAGCGGUUUCCGCCCACACCGGUCGACGCUCGACAUGCUGUUCGCCAUCCAGCGGCUCCAUGAGCUCGCGAGGAAGAAGAGUACUGCGGUGUUCGCGUGCUUCGUCGACCUCACCAAGGCAUACGAUUCGGUAGACCGAGACCUAUUGUGGGACGUGCUCCGACGCUUCGGCGUGCCCCCGAAGAUGCUGGCGGUCAUUCGCCACUUCCACGAGGGCAUGAGGGCGCGGGUUCGAACGGACGACGGGCAGUACUCGGAAUGGUUUGACGUCGGCCAAGGUCUCCGACAGGGGUGCAACCUGGCCCCGCUGCUGUUCAACUUGUUCUCUGCCGCGAUGCGCAUGGUCGCAGUGACCGAGUUCGACAAGGACCCCAAGGUGACGGCGGAUAUGAUCAAGAUCGCAACACGAGUGGAGUGCACGGGCAAGAGGGGCAGGUCGGCGGGGAAGAAGGCGAUGAUGGUGACGGUCGCAGAGGCCCUGUGGGACAUGCUCUACGCUGACGACGCGGCCAUCGUCUCGCUCACGCCGGAGAGCCUCGAAAAGAUGAUGUCCGUCAUCGUGCGCGUGGCCGGCCUGUUCGGACUAAUGGUAUCGGAGCCAAAGACGGAGACCAUGUGCAUGCUGCCGAAAGGGAUCGAGGAACGCCCGUUCACGGUCAGCGCCGCCGGCCAGACGUACAAGCAGACAGAUCGGUUGGUGUACCUCGGACGUACCAUCUCCGCGGACGGGAAGGCCGACCGGGAGAUCACGAGCCGCAGCUGCCGAGCGCGACGGCCCAACCGCCAGCUCAAGAUCCGGCUACUCCAGGCUGAAGUGGUGGAGACUCUCCUGUAUGGGUACGCCUCGUGGAGCCAAACAGCGGAGCACUACACGAAGCUCAAUGGGAUCCACCGUNGGGGGGAAUGGGAAAAGAGCGCCAAGGAUCCGGAGGUGUGGUACAACAAGGUCGAGGACGGGACGGCAUGGUUCAUGAGGAAAUGGCACAGGCAGGAGGCGGAAGCGUCCGCGAAGCGCCAGCGCGCGAGGGAAGCAGAAGCAGAGAGUACGGCCUCAGGACCUAAGAGAAAGAGAGCCGGGAAAGCGGCGGUGGGGGGGAAAAAACGGCGACCGGGCACUGCUGUAGAAGCGAGUAGGGCGGCCGAGGCAGCACUUGUGGCGAACUAUGUCCCCGGCUGAUGCUAUUGCGCCCUGCUUCCCUCCCUGCUGUAUGCUAUUCCCCUUUAUGAAUGUCCUUUGUAUUGCCUUCGGUCUCUGUGCUGUGUUCCUGUGUUUCUUUUUUUCAUGACCUCCCCGCCUACUCUGCUGUGUUGGGUACCGUGAACUCGCUUUGCUGUUGCCUUUGUUCUUGUACGUCUGGCUGUCUGCCCAUCUGCCGCCUCUUUGUCCUGUUUUCUCCGUUACUCCCAUGCCCUGGUGCGUAGUGCCUGGUGCUGGUACGUUACCCUUUGAUUUUUUCUUUGGGCUGGUGUGGGAAGCGUCCUCCUUUAUUUUUGUUUUUGUUUAUUGUGAUCGGUUUCCGAGGGCUCUUUUCUCGAACGGUCGGUGCGAUACCUGUUCUUUUCUUUCUAUCAUUUUGUUUCUU